AUGACAUAAACUGAUGAACAAUAGAGUGAACUAUUACAGCAAUUACAGCCUUCUAAUGACUUAUUCAUUACUCAUACCCCUGAUCUAGAAUCUAAACCAAAGUUAGAGUAAAAAUAUCAUAUUUUAAAGAAAAAAUUAAAAAAACAAAAAGAAUAAAAUGCAAAAUAUGAACUUGAUAUGCUUGAAUUAGCUAAUUUAAUGGAUGAUAUUAAGUUUUAGACUUAAUAGAAAUUGAACAAUUAAUCUGAUACAGAGUCAAAACUCAGAGAUCUUGAAGUCUAACUAAGCAGAUCUCAAUAAAAUUCUAAAUCUCUAACUAUUUAGAUUAACUAGUUAAUAUCUGACAAAGAGUUGUUGUAGGAAAAGCUACAAGAUAAAAUGACUAAUGCUUCACAGCAAAUAGACCCAGAAUUACUUGAGGAAAUUAAAGAAUUAAAAGAAUAUAAGCAUGAGAUGAAUAACUUAUGUGAGUAGCUAAAGAUUAAAAUGCAAAGAAAAAAAACUAAGUUGAUCUAUAUGAGGGAGACCCUUGAUUAUAAGGAGUAAGAAUUACAAAAGAAAGAAAUUGUGCUUAGAAAAAUAAGUUAAAGCUAAGAGGAGUCAUAAAAAUAGCUUAAGCAAACUGCUCUAAAAUUAAGAUAACUUGAACAAACUAAAUUGAAAGAUUUAAAAAGGAAAUGCUCAGCCUAAGAAGAUCUAAUCGUUCAACUACAGAAUAGGAUUAAGUAAUAUGUUGGAGAUGCUGAAUCAUCAUCAUAAUCCCCUGCCAACCGAAAGGGGUCAAUGAAGAGAAACAUAACUUAAAAUCAUAGAUAAAUUAAGGAAGUAGAUGAAGUCCUUGAAAGUACUGGAAAGGAAUUCUUUAACAGUAAACCAACAAUAAAUUUACAUUCAUUGAGCAACGAAGAUAUUCAUGAUAAAAGCAGCAGCUAUGGGAGAUCAAAUUUACUACCAGAAAUUGGUAAUCAAGUGAAAAAUAAAGCCCCAAAUGGCUCGAUUAGAAGUUCAGUUGAUAAAUUACCUAAAGCUAAAAAAGGUAAUUCACAUGGUCCUACCUAUCAGGAUAGUUAUGAGAGAUAAGUUGAUAGCUUUGUAAGUAGAUUAAAGGACCCAGUUUAUAAAAAUAAUUCUAAUAACAUGUAAGGAGUUUUUUCUAUCAAUCAGAAUCAAUCUCACAUAAUCGCUGACACGAGAAACGAAGAAGUGACCUACGACUAGCACUCAAUGGCUGGCAGGGGCACCAUCUCAAGCAGGGACGACAAAAUCAGGCGAAUCCUCGAGGGCACUGAGCAAUACGAAAAGCUUCUAUACUUUACCCCUGAAAAAAGUCAACUACCUAGGAAGCAUUAACCAUUUGAUGUUGGCAAAGAAAGUAGGGAUUAGUAAUUCCGUAAUAGAAAUAUUAUUAAUAAGUGA